GAAUGUCUUUGUUCUUAGAUUACUUGACGACUGAUUGAUUUAUUUAAACUUAUAGCCCUUUGAUUAUAUUCUAAUAUUCCAUAGAGUGAUGGAGUAAACUAGAAGAAAAUUAUUUCAUAUAUUAAUAUGCUACAUUUUUCGUUUAUUUCGUAAUCGGAAUUUCGCAAAUCAGAAAAAGCUAACUUAUUAAAAGUGCAGUGAAAGUAUCACCGUCAUUGAAUAAAUAGGGAAUUUUUGUUUGUACCUGUGACAGAUUUAAAAGGAGUUAUAAUAAUUUCAGGAAUGUUUUUAUAAAAUGAAGAGUGUUUUUUUCGUUAUCAUUCUCGUUUGGAUAAAACCUACAGAUGCGCAAAAUGAUUGCACUGAUCCAACACCAGCUAGCGGAUCCAAUAUUCUGUCCAAUGGCCUCGCACACGGAAGUGUCGCUCACGUCAGUUGCGAUACUGGAUUCCAGUUAAACGGGGACAGUAUAAUUAUUUGUGACAAUGGAACAUGGAGUUACAAUACAUCCUGUGAUAUUAGAGAUUGUGGGGACCCAACCCCGACGUCUGGGUUUAGUAACCACACCAGUACCACCUAUCAGUCAACAGCUGACAUUACUUGUGACACCGGCUACGAUCUCCAAGGAUCUUCUUUUAUCACAUGCCAGUCAAACGGUGCCUGGAGUGAAACGCCAUUUUGUCAAGCACAUGAUUGCGGGAGUAUAAUUCUCACAGAUGGAUCAGUGUCUACACCAGGUGGAAGAACCUACGGUCAGACAGCGUCACUAACUUGUAACACAGGAUAUACGUUAAAUGGACCAUCUGUUGUUGAAUGUCUCGCCGACGGAUGGAACGAUACAUCGACUUGCGACAGUGUUGUUUGUAGUAACCCUGCCCCACCAAACGGUGUAUCAGAUGCUCCGUCGGGUUUUAUGUACAACGAGCUGGCACUUAUUUCAUGUGAUACAGGAUAUACCCUGUCUGGUGACACCCUUAUCUUGUGCCAAGCCAACGGGACAUGGACUGACUCUCCUACUUGUGAAAUAAAUGACUGUGGUGAUCCGACACCCAUAAAUGGAUCCAUAAGCACAGGUUCGACUACCUACUUAACAACACUGAACGUAUCAUGCGACACAGGUUUCGAGCUUGUUGGAUCAGAAUCGAUAACUUGUCAAGCUGAUUCAAGAUGGUCUGAAUAUCCCACUUGCGCGGCAAAAGACUGUGGAACGAGAACGAUCUCUAACGGAAAGUUUAAUGCUUCAUCUGGGACAACACUUGGAGAAACUGCAACACAAUCUUGCAAUGAUGGUUAUAUACUCGCAGGAGACGAGAUUGUUACAUGCACCGCUUCAGGCUGGAAUGGUUCAAUUGCAGCUUGCACAAUCAAAAGUAAGUUAAAAAUAAAGGAAUUGUUUAUCUUAGCACAAAAGUGA